CUUCAGCAAGUUUUCUCAUCUUUGACCUAUGGAAGAGAACUUCUGUGGUGGUAGUGUUUGUGUUGUGUUAGUUUAAGGUGAAUUUUUCGUUUAUUAAUGUGUGGAUUCUCAAGUGUACAAUGUGCCGAAUUCUUUCAUUGAUAACGUGCUAUCUAGAUACUAAAAUGGUAUGCAUUGGGCUUCCAGUUAAGUCUCUAAGGCCGUACAUUUUAAGACUUUUUUAACAUGGCUGACAGUUCUAGCCAUAAAGCACAGAAAGUAGGGGAGAAACAUAAAUAUUCGAAUAUGAUUAAUCGUACUACAAGCGAAUCGAUAAGAUUAAGUGACUCUGAUAAGAUACUUAAUCAUCCUACUACGUUGUCAGCUACUUCUACAAAUCCCAGAAAGAAAACAUCUUUUCAAAUAACCAGUGUGACAGUAGGUUCACACACUAGUAAUGAUGGGGGUGAUGAUUCAGCAGAUGAUCUGGACGAGUCUCAUGCUGAGGACAUUUCUGAUGUGAUUGACACAUCACGUGCUACUGAUAUAGAAAAUGAAACUCCCAGCUAUUCUGAAGAUACUUUUUCCAAAGAUGAUGUAUUUUAUAAUUCUUCAACAUCAUUAGGAACUGCACCUGUUAUUCCGACUAGUUCGCAGUAUGGGUUAGCGAUUGUGUCUACUCCAGAGGGUUGUAGUAAUAUUAUUAAUGCCAAUGUUCCUGGUGGAACUAGUGGUGCUGGUAAUGACAUUCAUGUGAAUGUCACUGAUAAUGUAAUUAACCUAGGUAUUGUCAGUGGUAAACAUUUAGAAGGAGACAUGAGGGAUCUGCAUAGCCAUACGGGUAGAAACGAAAGGUUCAAGGUUGUCAAGAUUGAAAGUACUGAGCCUUUUAAACGAGGUAGAUGGAUGUGCAUGGAUUAUUUAGACCAUACAAUGGGACAACAACAACAUCAACUUCAGACUCAAGGUAGUGUUACCAGUAGUAAUGUUGGUAGAAUAGCUGAGUCCAAUGAUGUGCCAAAUAUUAAUCAGUGCACAGGUACAGAUAGUGGAAUUUCAAUGUCUGAUCAUCCAAAUACUAUUUCUACCCUAGAUGAACACUCUCAGUUUGAUCAUAGCUGCGGUAUAGCUACGGUAAAUAGUAUAGUUCAAGAUCAACAGAAUCUCAUCACGCAUUCUUUAGCUUCAGUGACUGGUCAAAAUUCUGUCUCACCUGGACAAACAAUGCAGUUUAGCACACAAGGAGGAAAUAUUAUUCAGCCUGUUAUCAAUGCAUCGCAGCCACAAGUUAUACAACAACCAGGGCAAAGUCUAACUGCUGUAUCAAGCCAACAUCCUCUUCUUGCUUCAAACCAACAUCAAAGCCUUCAACCACAACAAAUCCAACAAGUUUUAUCAUCCACAAACAUUCAUGGUCAACAAGCUUCUCUAAGCAAUCAACAGAUUCAAGCACCAAUUCAACAAAUGCAGCAUCAAGGAGUUCCUUUACAGCAUGUUCAACAUUCAAUUCAUCAACCUCAGGCAGCUCCUAACAUAGUGCCACAACAACAGUACCAACAACCUCCUCAAAUUCAGCAGAUCCAACAUCAGCAAACUACUCUACAGCCAGUCCCACAAAAUACUCAACCAAUUCUUCAGCAACAACCGACGAUGACACAACACAUGCAGCAACAACCUGUUCAACAUCAGCAUAACAUUCAAAUGUCAGUCCAACAACAAAUGACUCAGGGUCAAAUGCCAGUUCAAGUUCCCCAAACAGUUAUUCAAAAUCAAAAUAAUAUGCAACAGAUCCCUCAGCAACCAUCGCAGAUGCCAGUACAUUCUCAAAUACAACAAAUGCAACAAGGUCCCGCACAACAUAUACAGCAUGUUCCUGUGCAGCAAAUGCCAAUUAGUGGUGUUGCAACAGCUCAAGGAAUUCCAACUCAAACUGGUCAACAACAAUCUUAUCAUCUACCAACAUCACAAUCUAUGAUUCAACCAGGACUUCAAAGCCAACCAACCCUUAUGCCGGUCCAACAACCACAAUAUUUUUCCUAACUCUCAAA